UCGACCGCUCGAGCGAGCCGCAUGGGCGACAUCCAGCCCGCCACGGGCAAGACGCGACCCGGGCGCAAACGCCAGGCCUGCAUCGCCUGCAGCUCGACCAAGCAGAAGUGCGACGGCGCGACUCGACACCCUUGCCGCCGCUGCGAGCUCUACUCGAUCUCGUGCGAGUACCCGGACGGCCAGGUGCCUCGAACCGCCGUACGAGUGCAGCCGAGCGUCGCCAACGGCCCGGCGGCGUCGACGAGCGCAGUCGGCGCGCCCGCCGCGAGCGCAGGAGGAAACGAGGACGUCGCUGCAGCAUUACGUGAGCUGAGCGCUCGCCUCACGUCGAUCGAGGCCGGCCUCGAGGCGGACCGCCGCGCCGGCUUGCGCCCCGUCGACCCGUCCUCAUCCUCCUUCGCCCCGCCAACCUUCGACCUACCUCACGCGUCCGCCGCCUCGACACCUGCACGACCCGAGUCGGUCGAGCUUCCGGCCGACACCAAUCCGCUGCAGGUCCUCGUCUCGACCAUGGAGCAGAUGAGCCGCGAGGAGGGCGAGCACGGCAUGGACGAGGACGAGCCGGCGGGAGGGCUGCUCGCCGGCGAGGCCGACAACAACUACGACCUCGAGGAGCUCGAGUGGAGGGCCAAGAACGAGCCGAGGAGCAACCGGCCCGACGCGUUCGCUCGCGCGCUCGUCUCGUUCGAGGACGUCCAGAUCGCCUUCAACUUCUACGUGCAGCGGAUACAGCCCUGGAUCCCUGUCGUCGAAAGGAGGUCGCCCCUCGUCGUUCGCGAGAAGGCGCCGUUCCUGUUUCACGUCAUCCUCCUCGUCACCAACUACUACAACACGUCGACGAGCCCUCGCGCUCGCGAGGUCUACGACGGGCUCAACUCGAUCGUGCACGAGCUCCUCGUCGCCCACAUUCUCGCGCCCGACCCGGUCAUGUUCACGCGCGACCUCGUUCGCGCCAUCCUCCUCCUGCUGUAUUACAAGCCGAUUCAGACGGCCGCCUACGCCCACCGCGGCCUCAAGUCGUCGUCCCGCAUCGUCCACGCGAGCAAGAUCAACGCCCUGUCGUCCCUCAUGCUCCACUCGCUCAUCCAGCGAGCGGCCACCUUCAUCUCGGUCCCGCAGUCGCCGACCCUCCUCACCCGGGUCCUCGACAACUUCGAGCAGGCGACGCAGGACGAGCGCAAGCGCGCCCUCGCCGAGUUCCGCCUGUGGUGCACCGUCGUCGGCGCCGACGCGCUCGGGUCGCUGCAGAGCGGGCGCCUCACGUGGACCGACCCGACGAGCGCGCUCCGCAUCACUCGCCGCUUUGCCGCGUUCGCCGCCGACCCGACCGACGUGCGCCGCGCGUCGAUCCUCGAGCUGUACAGCAUCGUCACGCUCCCGACGUCGAUGGCGGCGACGAGCAACCCGGUGCGGUACCGCCUCGAGAACCUGAACCGCAUCAACGCCGAGCUCGACGCGUGGCGGGCCCACUGGGCGCCGCUCCUCGCCGAGAUGCAGACGCGAGGCGACCCGCUCGCGUACACGGUCGUCCAGACGUCGGCCCAGUUCGUCAUCCUCGCCGUCAACGGCGCCGUCUUCACGCGGUGGGACCUCGAGCGCAAGAAGGAGCUCGAGCACGGCAAGGAGGGUCGGCCAAGAUUGACGACCGAUGACUGGCAGCACCUGCAUCGGGCCGCUCAGGCCGCCGAGACGGCCAUUUUCAUCGUCUCGACCGAGGCGACGGCGGGCAACAGCCUCAUGCGCGAGUCCAAGUGGCCACCACCGACCAAGGGCUUCCGGGCGCCGCUCAACCUCGACCCGCGCAUCACCGAGGACUUUAAGACGGCGCUCGACACGAUGACCUGCAUCGCAUUCGUCUACUCGCUCCUGUUCCUCGUCCGCAUGGCGUCGGCGGGCCUCAUCACGUGCGACAUCGAGACGCGCCAAGCCGACUACGAGGCGGGCUGCGACCUCGACACGCCGCAACCUCUUGCGACCGGGCAGAAGCUCCCGUGCCUGCUCGAGCUCGGCGCCGCCUUCCUCACGGGCAUCUCGCCCAACCCGGACCACCCGGCUCGCCGCCACGCCCUCCUCGUCGACGUCAUCCUGCGCGUCGGCUUGAGCGCUGCGAGCCCGCAGGCGCACGGCGCGCCCUCGCCGGUGUCCAACUCAGGCGGGCACCGGCGCUCGCCCGUCAUCCCUCCCCUCCACUCGCCCAGCUCCCUCUCGCACAUCGUCACGAACCCGUCCUCCACCCUCGCCCGCCCGUCGACCUUCCCCUCUUCUUCGUCGUCGACGCCCGGCAUGCGCCUUCCCUCACCUUUCGCCGACCCGUCGGGCUCGUCGAGCAUGCCGCCGCCACCACCUCGCCCGCCCGUCUCGUCGUUCGACUCGUGGCUGUGGGACAGCAACACGCCGUCGGGCUCGUUCUCGGGCCCGCUCCGCAUGCAGGACGGCUCGUUCGUCAUGCCCGACCUGUCCGUCGCGACGUCGGCGGCGGCGUCGUCGUCUUCCUCGGGCGCACUGCCUGCGCCGGUCUCGGCCCCGACGGCGCCGUCGCAGUACAGCACGGGACGGCCCGUAACGACGCCGGCCGAGGCGACGGCGCUCGCGGCGGGAGCAGGGAGGAAGGGCGAUGCGGCGCAGGCCAUGGCGUCGUUGCUCUCGGAGGUCAACCCGUUCCUCGACGACUUUUACUCGACACAGCCAGGCAUCGGCUCGCACGCGUUCAACGACGACUUUGGGCUCGGCCUCGCCGGCGGCGCGACCGACGGCGCGCUCCUGCCCGGGCUCGAGUGGACGGCCAUGGGCCUGCCUGGAGCGGCUGGAGGAGCGGGUGCGCCUGCGGGUUCGGGCGGCGCCGAGGGACAGCCGUGGAGCGGGUACACGGGCGAGGCGGCCUGAGCGCAACGACGACUCGCGCUUUCCUCUG